CGGAGCGGUAACCUUACCCCCUGGCGACAGCAGCUGGUCGGUAGCUCGAAGCCGGGGCUCCCCGUGGCCGAAGGCGCUGGGUUUCGGGCAGCAGAGGCCUCCAGGAGGCACGUCUCGGGCCAGGAUAUGGCUCGUGGACAGCAGAAGAUCCAAUCUCAACAGAAAAAUGCCAAAAAGCAAGCUGGACAAAAGAAGAAACAAGGACAUGACCAAAAGGCUGCUGCCAAAGCUGCCUUAAUAUAUACCUGCACUGUCUGUAGGACACAAAUGCCAGACCCUAAGACCUUCAAACAGCACUUUGAGAGCAAGCAUCCUAAGACUCCACUUCCUCCAGAAUUGGCUGAUGUUCAGGCAUAAAGUUGUUUACAGGUGAAUUCAUGACACCUUUGGCUCUUCUACUGUCUCAGACCUUAGGUAACGAACCUGCAGCUGCUUUUCUAACAAACUGUUGAUCAGCAAAAAUAAAGGGGCUACAGAAACAUUCAUUUUUAUGCUGUUCCCUUUUGGGCUUCAUGCAAAGACAAUUCUGUGUAAAUGUACAGUUGACUCUGAUUUGGAAAUCUGAAAAUCAGUCCAUCCUUGUUAUAAAAUUUUUUUACAAUUGUAAUUAUAUUGAUGUUCAUAUUGUGUAAAAUAACUCAUUUAAUAAAGUAGUACUUUGAUUUUACAACAUCACAGGAUAAAUGAUUCUAGAAAUUCUGUUCUAACUUUCCACAUUAUUUGCCUUAUAAAAAUGUAAUGAAUUCAUCAGCUAGAAUUGCAAGUGUAAUUCUUUUCUCCCUUUCUCAGCUCAGUGGCAGGUUGGUUAAACUAGAGCAGACUCAUUCAUUAAAAUUGCACACAAGAUUUUAUUGGCAGCUGAUGAUCUAUAUGAAGAAUGACUUAUCUGCUGCCUUAGUAUAUUGGAAUUAUGUGUCAUUACCCCUCUCUGGUCAUUUCCUGUGUUUGAAAUUGGAAUAUUUUAACUUGCUGUAUGACCUGGCUCUAGCUGCCAGCUAGGUGUGCCCUACAGAUAACUGAUAAAUCCUAAAUGCAGUUAGAUUGACAGUGAGCCCUUCUGAAAGAUUAGGUUCUUAAGUAUAUGCUGUAAUGAAUUAAUUAUUAAGCCUAUUGUUUAAUACAAAAUAUGAUGAAACAAAUGUGAACUGGUAAAGAUCUAUAUUUUAUAAAUUAUAUUGGAUUCUUUGAAAAUUCUUCAUGUUCUUUAAUUUGAAAUUGAGAAAUAAUUCUUGAAGGAGGUUUUGGAAGUUAUUAACUAUUUGGCCAGUUUUAUGAAUGGAUUUUUGCAUUAACACGAAGAUGGGAAUGACUUGUGGUUCGGUUAAUUCCCAGAACCCUCUCCCUCCUUUCUGUUCUAAAUGAGUUGUUGAUUUUAGGAGUUUACUUUGUGUUGAUUCCUAAAAUCAAAGACUGUGUGUACAAUAUGACUUCCAUCAGAACUAGAGAAGUGUUAAAAUAGGCCAACAUUCACAUUCUUUUGGAUGUAAGGAUGGGGAAAUAGGUUUGUCCAUGUGGAUAAGGUAAAUCCUACUCAAUUAAGGAAGACUAAUUUUAGGGUUCUUCUAAUUUGCUGUUGUUAACUAUUGUACAAAUGAAACUGCUGUAAUUCAACUAAAAUUUUAAAAUUAACAUAAUAGGAAGAACACUAAAAUAUUUACUGGUAACUGCUUAGAGCCACAUAUCUGAUCCUAUGGAUUUAUAAAAUGCAUUUCCUCUUUCUGCUGUAACACAUCACUGCAUUUGUUUUGUAGCUCUGCAUAUUCUACCCACCUUGUUUGUCUUCACUGUACAUUUAAAAUAUUUCCAAGGAAAAGCUUCAGUGCUGACAGUUUCUUAGCAACUCCUAUUCUUAUACCCAUACUUUAAAAUAUCAUCCUUUUGUUUCAUGUAUUUAAUAUCCUAAGUAUCAGAUUUAAUAUCUGUUGUUUCCUAAUAUGUUGGUUACCAGAACAUUAAAAUUUUACCUGAUUUCUUCUGAGUGUUACAGAAGUUCUGGUUAAAUUACAAAAGUUUUUGAAAGUGCUUUGAGCAUAUGUAUGUUUAUGUUUAGUAACAGAUCAUUUAAAAACCAUUCACAAGUUUUGGUUUAAUUUUUUUGUUUGUUUGUUUUAUUAACUGUAAUUCAGAAUAAAAGUUUUUUGUCCUUGUAUUUAACCCUUUUUUUAUAAGCAGCUGAAGGCACCAUAUUUAACUCUAUAUCUCAGUGAUAGGGAAAUAGCUGAAUUGAUCUUGCAUAAGACAUUAAUUCUUCAUGUGGGGAUUUUUUAGUACAAUCCCCUUUUUAUUGUGUUUGAGUUAAAUCUGCUAUAAGGAGAAAAUUCCAAGUCUUAAAUGUCCUUGUUAUUUAAUUUGAAGAUUCUUUAACAGAGCACAACAAACCUUGCUAUAAAACUGUUUUGGUGUCUUCAAAGAUUAGAGAAUUGGUCCGAUUGUAUUCUGUAUUUCCGUUAGUUGCCAAAAGGAAUGGGGUUUAAGAUUAAACUUGUUUCCAUUCUCUUCAUAUGGAUAUACAUCCCCAUGUUUAACUGACACACUGGGGGCUCAGUUGUAUGCUGUAAUGUCUUAUUAAAAAAGAUGUUAAAGCUAAA